AUGGCGGCUCUUACCUCCCUGGCGGAGUCCCCGCCCAUGGCGCCGGAAGCAGAGGCCUCCUCCGGCGUCAAGAAGCUCUCCGAACCAUCUUCUACCUCCUCCGGUGUCAAGAAGCUCUCCGAACCAUCUUCUGCCUCCGGCGUCAAGAAGCUCUCCGAACCAUCUUCCUCCUCCGGUGUCAAGAAGCUCUCCGAACCAUCUUCCUCCUCCGGUGUCAAGAAGCCCUCCAAACCACAUUCUUCCUCCUCCGGUGUCAAGAAGCCUUCCGACCAAUCUUCUUCUUCGUCCCGCGUCCAAAGAACCCAACGGAUGAGCUUCAGGGGGUAUCCCGGCAAUGCUGGCUUCAAGAGGUUGGUGCUGUUUACCAAGACGAUGGCGGACGCCCUGCCUCGCCGGCGCAUGGCAAGAAAGAGGGAGAGCAAGAUUUUCUUCGAGAAGCUCACUGAGACUCUCAACCGAGAUCCCCUGUUUGGCGGUGCGCUCAAGUACUGCACUGCCAGGGACAAGGGCACGGAGGUCAUAAAGAUCACGGACAAGAUCAUUGCGGACGGGGAGGAGGACUACCUGAUGACGAUUGAGAAUGAAGGAAGAGACAUAAAUGAACUCGAUGAGCUCUAUAUUCAGAUUGCCCGGAUAAGAAACUCCUUGGCCAAACAAGAAGGAGACGUGAAGACCAAUGGGGCUCCUCAGCCGACAGAUGGUUCACUGUCCGAGAAGCUGAAUGAUUGCAGCGCUGCCAGUGCUGCUGCUAUGGAGGAUACUCCGAUGGUGAACCAAGAACCGUCAGCCCGUGAGGAGCGAGAGCCAGAGGCUGAGCAGAGAUCGUGCAAACGUGCGAAGCCAAGCAGGGAUGUCGAGGUCGAGCAGGAGAGCGAAUCUAGCAACGCGGACGAGAGCGACGCUCCCGAUGCAAUCCUCGACUUUGUGGACCAGAUUGAGUCGUCGUUUACAAUGAUGGUCCGUUCUUUGGAGGCAAAGGCGCGGGAGAGGGCUGAGAUGGAUCGAGAGUUGCAAAAGGUCCAGUUGGAAAAUGAAAAGAAGCUCAGCAAUUUCAGGUCUCAGUACGAAACCCUCCAGAAGAAGAUAGCGCAGCAGAUGCAGCACAACAAAGAGAUGGAACACAAGAUUGAGAUGCUGAAGUCAAUCCUUUCACGUGAGGAACAGAACGCCAAGAACGACUUGAGAAGUUUGACUGUCCUCGCUCAGUCAGUAAGUUCCUUGGAUUGA